AUGGAGGUGAUGGCCAGCCGACUCCUCAGCCCCAGGGCCUAUCCUGCGCCCAGGUGGGGACCGCAGCCCGAAGGAGCCAAGCGCCGCCGAAUCGAGCAGCCCGCGGGCCCCGAGUCCGGGACUGCGCCCAUUCUGCAAUAUCUGGCGGGACCUCCGGCCUCGGGCACGCUCACCUCCGUGGUGGUCCAGGCUCUGGAUUGUGCUUUACAGCUGCCCCUGGACAACGUCUACCUUGUGCUGGAGCCCGAGUCAACGUCGGUCCUGCAAGUCUCUGUGGAAGGUGGGAGGGCACACACUUAUGCUGGCCCCCGGGCCUUCUUGGGCUUCGGAGACGAAUACUUGGUAGGGCAGCCUGACAGCCUGGAACUCGGCGCUCUCCUGGACACUCCCCGGGAAGGGGAAGAUGUCGCCGUCCUGCAGGGAUUCUUCCGUGCUUGUGUCCCAAAGAUUGCCAUACAAAAAGAGGCCUAGGAUGAGGACUCGGACCCCGAGUUCCUCCCUCCUUGGAUGGACGCUGCAGCGGACUCGGUCGCUAGGUUCCGCCCAUCAGCCCAACCCGCACAGGCCCACCAGAGCGCCCUCGCCUCAGCACUCCACCCCUAUCCAUUGAGACGCUCUCCUGGUCCCUACUUCCACUUGGACUUCCACAUUCUGGAGCCCUUCCCCAGCUCACCGCUCCAACCUCUACCUCCCUCUCUGAAUACAAGUCUCCACGUGCGACCCCAGCGCCCUCCCUGUCCAGCGAACAAGGCCGGGAGACGCCUGUUCCAGGAAUGA